CCCAGCGCCCACAGAAGUGGUAUUGGCUUAUGGCGUGGCAGUGGUGUGGCACCGACGUGGCAGCGGCCUGGCGUUUUGACGCCUACUAAAGUGGCACAGAAGCAGCACACAAAAUGCAAAUUUAGUCAUUACUACAAUGUCGUCUUCAGAGGACGAAGAUGUUCUUGCUUUAGUGCAUUUAAAUAAUAUUCAAAGAAGACGAUAUUGGGUACAUCCUUUAUGGAAAAAGAAAAACAAAAAAUAUGGCAGCUUUAAUGUAUUUAAAGAGCUAAAUCAGUAUCCAGAACGGUUUCAGUCUUUUUAUCGAAUGUCUAAAGACUGUUUUACUCGGCUACUAAACAUAAUAAAACCAAAAAUAACUAAAAAGAAUACAAACUGGAGAAAUUGUGUUAGUGCAGAAGAGCGAUUAUUAAUAACUCUUAGAUACUUUGCCACGGGCUCAUCUUUCAAGUCCUUACAAUUUUAUUUUUUAAGGGGACAUACAACAAUACGAAAAAUUGUUUAUCACACAGCUAAGAUGUUAUGGAAAACUCUACAGCCACAGUUUUUACCAAAACCGACUAGUGAAAAAUGGUUGGAUAUCGCUGAACGCUUUUAUAGUCUAUGGAAUUUACCUAAUUGUAUUGGGAGCAUUGACGGCAAGCACAUUAGGAUAAAAGCACCCCCAAAUUCAGGAUCUGCAUUCCACAACUAUAAAGGUUUUUUUUCUAUAGUGCUGUUAGCUGUUGUCGACGCAGAUGGCUUAAUUAUUUCUGUAGAUGUGGGUGAAUAUGGCCGCAACAGCGAUGGGCGUGCGUUAAAAGAAAGUAAAUUUGGAAAGUGUCUGGUUCGAGGAGAACUUAAUAUACCAGAUCCAACUCCUCUACCUGGUGAAGAUGUAAAUAUUGGUUUUCCCUACUACUUUGUAGGUGACGAAGCAUUUCCGCUCAGAAGCGAUCUUAUGAAACCAUUUGCCCGCAAUCAACUUACCAAUGAAAGAAGAAUGUAUAAUUACAGAAUUUCUCGGGGACGCAAAUCAGUGGAAUGCUGCUUUGGUAUGUUAAGUACUAAAUUUGGAAUAUUGCAAACGCCCAUCUGUAUGAAAACGAAAAGGAUUGAUAUAAUAAUCCUAGCAAUAUGUGCUUUACAUAAUUUUAUUCGUAUUUACGAUGGAAUUUUUUCCACACCUAAACAACCAAACAAUAUUCAGCACAUACCUGUUCAGGAUUUGCAAAUACAAAGAAACACUCCACAAAAUUUAAGAAAUCGGCUUUGUAACUACUUUUGUAACAUUUCUCCCAUUCCAAACCAAGGAUAUUACAAUUUUUAAUAACUAUUUUUUAUUAGGUAUUACAAUACCAUGUUACCUCUACUACAUUUUUUGAGUUGUAACUAUAACCUUACUUAUUAUAAUAAAUUAUUGGAUUAAAAAUUACCUGUUUCCUUAAUUGUUUUCGAGAUUUCAUUCCAGGCAGCAUCUUGUGCAGUUCUGUUGCAAUAAUCAGGUCGAUUAUAAUCAUAUAAACAUGGUUUUGAUUCAACUAAUUCGACAAAGCGAACAUUAAAUUCAAAAUCAUCCCGCAUUUUCAUGUCAAAACUAUGAAAACAUUCAAAACAACGAACGAGAUCGGACUGGCAUGCCGCUUUCCAUGCACCACUAGUGGUUACAAUAUGGCGUGCCAUUUCUGCACCGCUACCACGCCAUCUCAGUGUGCGUUGCUUAAUUCAUUUACAUUAUCUUUCUAUUGCCACU